AUGGGUGGGAAGAUUGUCAAGAUUCCAGUUCACCAGACAAGUGGGGAUGUCCUUACAGUUGAAGCCAAGAGCUCCAUGACCAUCCGCAAGUUCAAGGAGAAGCUGAUACGGUUACGGUGGGAUGAUGAACUGGCACCAAGCUUGACCUCAGCCAAAGUGUUCGUGGAUGAUCAAGAGGUGAAUGAUGGCAACACGGUGAUGCAUGCAGUUACCCAGGACACAAAGGUGCUAGUCGUGUUUACCUGCCGUGUAACGGAAUUGGCUAGGGAGCAUAUCGAUGCUGUUGGACGCCACUCCUUGAAAAGGGCUGUGAUUCCCAACUCUGUGACUUCUAUUGAGGAGUCUGCCUUCAAUGGGUGCAGUUCGUUGAUCAGCGUGACAAUUCCUGACUCUGUGACUUCCAUUGGUCAAUAUGCCUUCGCUUGGUGCAGUUCCCUAAUGAGCGUGACCAUUCCUGACUCUGUCACUUCUAUUGGGAAUUAUGCCUUCGAUGGAUGCAGCUCAUUGACCAGUGUGACCAUUCCAGACUCAGUGACUUCUAUUGGGAAGUCUGCCUUCUCUGCAUGCAGCUCGUUGACCAGCGUGACCAUUCCAGACUCAGUGACUUCUAUUGAGAAAAAUGCCUUCGGAAGAUGCACUUCGUUGGCUAGCGUGACAAUUCCAGAAUCUGUGACUUCUAUUGAUGGUUAUGCCUUCCAUGGAUGCAAAUCACUCACCAGCGUAACAAUUCCAAAAUCUGUGAUUUCUAUUGGGGAUUUUGCCUUCCACGGAUGCCCUGCCUUGUGA